AAUUUUCUCUCUCCUUAUAAUUCUCGAAGAUAUUCCUUUGUUCUGUUCUUCAGUACGCCCCUUGAAGCCCAAUUAAAGUUUGCCAACCGACCCUAUAUAUUUCGCAACAAAUGAACUCCAGAAACAGAAGUCUGUUGUGAGAAAACACUUCUCAUUAUCUCACUGUUUUGGUUUUAGAACCAGAAAAUGGCAGAAUUUGUGAGAGCAAAACGAGUCACUGAUCCACUCAACGAUAAGGUCAGGGCUCAAAUCGUUGGUCAUCAACUCAGUUAUGUCAGCAGCGGAAGCGAAUACUCAGGCGCCGAUGAUGACUCUCCCUGCUUAUCAGAACUCGUUCACGAUUUUCUGGAAGAUGAAUUCCAGAGUGAGUCCAAGGGUUACGAUUCAGACUCUGAACGAGUCGAAUCCGUCGUUGACUUCACAGAUAAGAUCGAGGACAUUCUCAAAACGACGGAAAACAGCAAUGUGGAUUUGUAUAAGAAUCUUUUACAAACUCAUGUCUUCAAAGCAAUGGAAACGUUUUCAUGCUUGAGACAACAAAAAAGUGUUUUUAGGCGUAAGGUUAUGACCUUUCUACGCGAACUAGGCCACAAUGCGGCGAUCUGCAAAGCGAAAUGGAACUCCUCGGGCGGUCUCGUCGCGGGCAACUACGAGUUCAUCGACGUGGUCCAAUCAAAUUCAUACAAGUUGCAAAACCGGUAUUUCAUCGACCUUGACUUCGCCUCCGAAUUCGAGAUUGCGAGACCGACAAAUGCAUACGCGAGAUUGUUAGAGUAUCUACCUAGGGUUUUCGUUGGCAAGGGUGAAGAGUUGAAGAGUAUUAUAAAAGUGACGAGCCAGGCCGCCAAAAAAUCUCUCAAGACAAAAAACCUGACGCUGCCUCCCUGGAGAAAGAACCGCUACACGCAAAACAAGUGGUUCGGUCCUUACAAACGGACGGUUAAUCCAAGUCCGGCUGGUUCAUACACUCCGGCCAUGCUAUCGUUAAAUAAUGGUGUUAAAUGUCGGCGGGUUGGGUUUGAAGCCGGUGUAAACGGCCGUUUAUCUGUUUGGACUAGAUGAUAAAACUUAACUAAAUAAUAAUAGGAAUGUUCGAAUAAACUAUGAAUAUUCGUCUUUUAGUUAUUUAA